AUGUCUUCGGGCGACCCCAUUCUCAACAACGGCGAGGGCACCUCUACCAAGUUUGCCGACGAGGAGGCCGCUAAUCGCUCGCCGAGAAAUGGCAACGCGCCAGGCCCCGGCGGCUUCGUGUCCCAGGCGCGCAUGACAGUUGUGCCCCCAAGCGAGGAUGACUUGCAAAAGAGUUACGCCAAGGUCGUUGGCUCCGAGGCCAAUCCCAAGGGCUGGUACGGAAGCAUGGUCAACGGCAUUGGCGCCAUCAUCGGCACCAUGGGUGCCUUUCCCUGCUGCUUCUGCUGCCCCAACCCCUACAAGUCGGUCCAGCAGGGCAACGUCGGCCUCGUCACCAAGUUUGGCCGCUUCUACAAGGCUGUCGACCCGGGCCUCGUCAAGAUCAACCCGCUCUCCGAGCACCUGCUCCAGGUUGACGUCAAGAUCCAGACGGCCGACGUGCCCGAGCAGGUCUGCAUGACAAAGGACAAUGUCACGCUCCGUCUCAAGUCGGUCAUCUACUACCACAUCGUCUCCCCGCACAAGGCCGCCUUUGGCAUCUCCAACGUCCGCCAGGCCCUCAUGGAGCGCACCCAGACCACCCUGCGCCACGUCGUCGGCGCCCGCGUCCUGCAAGACGUCAUUGAGCGCCGCGAGGAGAUUGCCCAGUCCAUUGGCGAAAUCAUUGAAGACGUCGCCGCCGGCUGGGGCGUCCAGGUCGAGAGCAUGCUCGUCAAGGACAUCAUCUUUUCUCAGGAGCUGCAGGAGAGCCUGUCCAUGGCCGCGCAAAGCAAGCGCAUCGGCGAGUCCAAAAUCAUCGCCGCCAAGGCCGAGGUCGAGUCAUCCAAGCUGAUGCGCCAGGCCGCCGACAUCCUCUCCUCGGCCCCCGCCAUGCAGAUUCGCUACCUCGAGGCCAUGCAGGCCAUGGCCAAGAGCGCCAACUCCAAGGUCAUCUUCAUGCCCGGCGCCGCCAGCAACGUGGCCUCGACUCUGGGCCAGGCCGUCAACGCCACCAGAGACGACGAGCACCAGGAUAAUGGGCUCAACCAGGUGGUCCAAGCCCGUGUCAUUGAAAAUAUUUGA